AUGUCGAAAGUGGUUAGCUUAUCUUACAAGAAAAGCCAGAAACUCUUACAGUCCUUGCGCGACCAGCAACGGCACUCCCUGGGCACUGGGUUUGAGAGUGCCAAUAUCCUCCUCUCACCCAAGUAUCGCCUCAAAGACAAGGAUCUGAGAAAGAUCCACAAGGCUGCGCGUGUCGGGGAUGCAGCCAGAGUACAGCAGCUCCUGCUUGGGAAAUGCUGUGUGAAUGACAGAGACAAGAAGAAGAGGACUGCCCUCCACAUUGCCUGCGCUUACAGCCUCCCAAAAGUAGUGAAGGCCCUGAUCGAGGGAAAGUGUGAGAUGGACGCCGUUGACAGUGACAGAUGCACAGGUCUGGUGAAGGCUGUGCAAUGUAAGGAAGAAGAAUGUGCCACCAUUCUGCUGGAAAAUGGUGCCAACCCGAAUAUUGUGGAUGCCCAGGGCAACAGCGCUCUCCACUAUGCUGUCUAUUAUAAGAACACAUCACUUGCUGCAAGACUGCUUGAACAUGAAGUGAAUAUUGAAGAGAAGAAUAAGAGUGGCUUCACGCCAUUUUUACUGGCGGUCAGUGAAAACAAACUGAAGAUGGCAAAAUUUUUAUCAGUGAAGAAUGCUAAUGUGCAUGCAACUGAUAACCAGAAAAGAACAGCCCUCAUGCCUGCUGUAAGUCAUGACUCAACAGAUAUAGUUAGAUUUAUUCUUCAGCAAGGUGUAGACCUCUUUUGGAAAGAUGCCCUUGGAUUGACUGCAAUCGAUUAUGCUGAUGAUUUUAAAUAUUAUGACAAUAUGAAAAUCCUUCUUGAAUAUAAAGAGAAGAGAGAUGAGAAGUCUGAAAGAAGUCUGAACAAACUAGUGGAGGGAAGUGCUGAAGAGGACUCUUCCAGAAGGAAGGACCAACAGAGCCAGAAAGUGGAAAAAAUGAAAAAGGAAGGAUUGGCUGAACCAGGAACUGAAAGAAAAGAACAAGAGGCGGCUGAAGGGACGACGUCAGUGCACGACCCAUGGAGGCUCGAUGGCGGAGGAGAUGACCAGCUCCAGGAAGAUGCAACCAAGCCAAGGGCUAGCAAAGAAGAUGAAGAUGUGGCACACACAUUAGCCACAGAAAAAGAGGAUAAAGACGAAUCAUCCUGGGAUUCUGAGAGUGUCUCUGAGACUCUUCCACUUAUUUGCAUUGGUGUUGAUGGAAUGUUACAAGUAAAUGGCCAAGCAGUAGAAAAUCCGGAGAAAUAUCUUCAUUGGCUGGUAAUAACAUUUACCUUCUAUCUUGAAUUAUUAAGCAUGUGUAUCAUGUUACAUGCAAUAUGUAUUAACCAUCUUGUUUCAAAUCUCAUCCAGCGUAACAGAAAAGGGAAAAAUUCUCUCCCUGAUCAAAUGAAAGGAGUUGGGGAUGCACAGGCAUUCACACCAGCAGAGCCAGACUUAGAAUUGACUUCGGAAGAAGAGCACAAAGGGCCUGCCAGAAAUGAAGAUAAGCAGUGUCAGGUUGAAGAAGAAAGGAAGCAGGGAUGGGACGGAGGGGAAGCGUCAGAGAGCCUGUGCGCUGCUGCUCUUGACCAUGGUGGCUGUGGAUCACCUCUAACAAGGAAGAAUGGGACGUCUGGCUCCCAGCGGUCUCCUAGUGCCGACAGCGAAGAGCAGGAUGGUGAUUCUGCCUUGAAUAUAAAAGAAGAAAAGAAAAUAGGACAUGAAAACUGGUCAUCGGGAGACUUUGUGACUGAAUUGACGGCUGGGGAGUCUGAGUUGGCGGCUCAUCUCCUGAGAGUGAAGGAUACUUGUGGUUUAAAUGACAGCAGCCCUGAUAAAGGAAGGUCUGCAAAUCAAAAAUCAAAGGAAAAGCACAAGGUACUAGAAACAAAUGCUAUGGAAGACGCUGAUGACCUCACUCAGCCAUCUGAGUCGUGCUCAGAGGACGAGGCAGACUUGUAUCCUAACAGACAGCAAACAGAAACUGAAAAGGAGCCCUGGAAGCUACUUAACAGGAAAACUGGAAACAUGGAAAACAGAGAAGCUAAAGAAGAGGGGAUGAAAACAGAGCCCGUGAGAUCAAGAGUUGCAUUAAAACACAAAGAGAAGAAGAAGGAGAAUAAAGGAGUGAAGACCGAGUUACCAGGGAAAGAUGGACUUUCUACCGAAGACGCUGAAGACCAGCAAUAUGCCAUGGCUCUGGGGAGCCUGCACAUGAGAGCAAAGCAGACCUUGAGUCAGUUGCAAGAGGCACAGGAUCGACAAAGAGAAGUCAUACAGAGUUCUCAGAAGACGCAGGAUCACUUGCAGAAGUUUCAAGCUAAAUGUUCUGAGGCAGAAGUUACAAUACAAGAACAAGGAAAGAAAAUUGCAGAGCUUCAGGAGCUAUGGGCAAGCUUGACGAGAAACAAAGAGGAACAGCUAAAGAAACUCAACAAAAUCAUACUAUGUCUGAAGUGUUCUUUGGACCAAAAGAAGAGUAAAAAUGAAGAAUUGGAGAGGGAGUUCACUGAAAUAAAGAAACACUUAGAAAUAAUGAAAAGAAAAUUGAAUGAUCAUGAAAAUGGAGAAUUUAGUUGCCAUGGAGAUUUAAAAGUUAAAGAACUUGAAGUGAAUAUUUCAGUGGAUGUGUUAAAAAAUGAGAUCCAUGAAUUGAAAGAAAAGUGGGGAACUAUAAAUGCCAAAUAUCUACCUCUGAAUGUACAAUUUAAAUACAUUGAGCAGGAGUUGUUAUCAAUAAAAAUAGCACAAAAGCAAUACGAGAGGCUCCACAAGGAUCAGAAGGUUCUGGAAAGAGAAGUGCUAGACCUGCAGCAUCAGCUACGAGAGAACAUGGCAAAAUCAGAAGAUAAAAAACAUGAACUAGCACUAAGAGACAGUAAUAAUGAUUCGGUAAUGAGCCAAAUGGAACUCAGGCUGAAAAAUCUUGAAUCCGAGCUUGAGAAAAUGGAGGCUGAAGGAGAGUCUAACGCAAGAAAGGCAGAGAAAUACAGGCAAUGCUGUGUCAAAGAAAGGGAGCUCAGCAAGAUAUUAUCAGGGAAGCUCAGCAAGACUAACGGCAAACUGAGUAAAGUCAGAACAGACAUUCUGCUGGCGACAGAACGGAACAGAACUAUGCAGAGUGCGCUCAGUAUGAGACCUGUCCCCAAAUGUCCUGGUGUCACAAAAUGUAAUACUUAUGUAAAAUGCGACGCUAGCUUCAUGACAAGCAGAACCCCAGAGCCUUCUCCAUCCAGCUCUCAGCCUUCUGAGUCUAGGAGGAAGAGUCUGCUCAAGAAGCAGCAGCAAAUGGUAAAAGACAUAACUGCAGAGGUAGAUAAAGCUGCAGCUGAACUUGAGUGUUGGUCCUUAGAAGCUUAUCCUUCAGGAUCUAAACAAGAUCUACUUUAG